AUGUCCACCAACCUGCAGGAGAUCAACGAAGGCACGUCUGGCACCGUUACCGUUGCGAUUGCCCUGGCCGGUGUACUUGGCGCUUUGGGUUUAUGUGUCCUCCUGAUCUGGAUCGUUCGUCGGGGUUUCGGAAAGAGGCAGAAGACGGACCAUGGCAACGAGAAAGGACUACCCAGGCCCAGCUAUAUCGCACCAAUUCGUAGGCGCCAAUGCGAGCCUCCUCGACAUCCAGUGGGCAUGCGAGGCGGCGGCCACCAUCCAAGAUAUACCCCAAGGCCAGAGCCAACCCGCAUCAACGUAUUGAUCCAGAAAAGGUCGGACAGGGUGAGAUAUGAAGAACGUGAGAGCAGUGAGCGGUCAUCCGAGAGCUCGAACCGAUCCGACUUGCCUGCUGGCCCAGCGCCAUCGCCCAUUCGUCCACGCGCACCGCUCGGUGAUCAUAUGCAUCAGAACGAAGACCAAGCGGACCACGGGUAUCAGAAAGGAGAAUGUCGCAACCGCCCACGUCCGCAAGACACAGCUGCCCUUUGGAACAGAGCAGUGAAUCGAGGACAGCCGUAUGCGCUACCUCGGAAGCCUGGCAACGUUGUAGCAAGGAAGCACAACCCCAAUCGCCACGCUUGGGUGUACGAGGAACCGGCUCCGAACCGAGUAGGACAUCAGGAGAACGGCAUCUCGUUUCCGGGACGGAUUCAACUUGGAAGCCAUGACCUGCGCCGUAUGUCAAGACCCGCGAAUGAAACAGCUAAGGGACCCGAACAUGCACAAGCAGAGCCAGAUAAGCAUCAUGGCAGCUUGCCUGCCUCGAAGGUCAAGCAGCUUCUCAUGAUGGCCCCUCCUCAGGCUUCGCCGCCUACUGUCGCCUCGACUCUGCCGUCCAGCAAAGCAGAGAGCAUCCAUGACGUAGCCAAACCCACUACCGCUGCACCUUCUACGCCCCGUGGCAGCUCUUCAACUGCCACCAGCAAGGCGUGCAGAUCGUCAGCAGCAUCAGAAAAGCGCGACCAAGACAUAGCGUCGGCGAAGUAUCGCGCCUCCGAUCCGACACAGUCCACCUUGGUCGAGAAGUUCGAUUUGAAGAAUGCUUUGCCGAAAAUGCCGACCGCUAGCCCGGCUUCCAGUCAGAGCAAGAGUCCAGUUGCGGGUCCGUGUGGUAUUGUGCUACUAGGUUGGACCGAGCAUACGCAGUCGAGUACAGCCGAGUCUUUCUCGCCUGCGCUUAAGGAGGUGAUGGAGAGUACGCAGGCUGUUGUGGGGUCCCAGCUGUCUGUGGUGGUCUCUGAUGAGGUGUCUUUUGCGGGCUCGCGAUGA